AUUUAACAUUUCAAUAUCUCUUUUUUCCCCCAAUAGCCACCACCAUAGAAACAAGCAAGCUCACUUUUUUUUAUUCUCUCUUUUCUCUCUCUCUCUCACUCUUUUUCUAAUGCCAAAAAGUUUAAUCUUCUGGAAAAAAGAACAGAAAAGAGAAAAAAAAAAAAUUGAAGAAUGGAAUGUCGAUCUAAAACCCAUUCACUCUUUAACUAAUAAUAAACAAAACUAAGCCACACCCCCCCCCCCCCCCCAAAAAAAAAAAAAAAAAAAAGUUUAGUAAAGAAAAGAAAAACAGAGAUAGAAAGAAACAGAGUCACAGAGAAAAACAGAGAGACUGAAACAGAGUCACACACAGAGAGAGAAAGAGAGAGAGAUGGGUGGGGUGACUUCGUCGAUGGCGGCCAAGUUCGCCUUUUUCCCGCCGAACCCACCUUCGUAUAAGCUUGUGAAAGACGAGUUGACUGGUCUUUUGCUUCUCAGUCCCUUUCCUCACCGUGAAAACGUUGAAGUUCUGAAAUUGCCUACUCGGCGAGGCACUGAGAUUGUUGCUAUCUACAUUAGGCACCCUAUGGCUACUUCUACUCUGCUUUACUCUCAUGGAAACGCCGCCGAUCUGGGCCAGAUGUACGAGCUCUUCAUUGAAUUGAGCAUCCACCUUCGUGUCAAUCUCAUGGGGUAUGAUUAUUCUGGGUAUGGGCAAUCAUCUGGAAAGCCUAGUGAGCAGAAUACAUAUGCAGAUAUUGAAGCUGCAUAUAAGUGUCUUGAAGAGAGCUAUGGUACUAAGCAGGAGGAUAUCAUCCUUUAUGGGCAAUCUGUUGGAAGUGGCCCCACUUUGGACCUUGCAGCUCGACUGCCUCAGUUAAGAGCAGUUGUUCUGCACAGUCCCAUACUCUCUGGCUUAAGAGUUAUGUAUCCUGUAAAGCGUACAUAUUGGUUUGACAUUUAUAAGAAUAUUGACAAAAUCCCACUGGUUAAUUGUCCUGUUCUUAUUAUUCAUGGGACUUCAGAUGAAGUUGUUGAUUGCUCCCAUGGUAAGCAACUCUGGGAACUGUGUAAAGAGAAGUAUGAACCACUAUGGCUUAAAGGGGGAAACCACUGUGAUUUGGAGCUCUAUCCUGAGUAUAUCAGGCAUCUGAAGAAAUUUAUAUCAACCGUUGAGAAGUCUCCUUCCCAAAGAUACAGUUCCAGGAGAAGCACAGACCAGUUUGAGCAACCUCGUAAGAGUACUGAUGUAUUUGAAGUUUCUAGAAAGAGCACUGAUCGGAGAGAGAAACCAAGGCAGAGCACUGACAGGCCUGAAAAACUGAAAAACCUGUCUAGUAAUGUUGAUAAGCUAGAAAAAUUAAGAAUCUCUUUUGACCAUGUGGAAAGGUCUCGGAGAAGCGUGGAUUGCCACGAGAAGUCUCGAAAAAGCAUUGACCACCAGUUGGAAAGAGCACGGAAGAGUGUUGACCGGCUGGAUAGAAUACGAACUGGGUAAUUUUUCUUAUAACCAGUUGUAAAAUUCAUCAAUGGGUUUGGUGUUGUGGGAAAAUUAUUUGGGUUUUUUUUUUUCCCUUCUUUUUUUGAUCUUAUUUUAUGGUUUUCCAGCUGUGUAGUUUGGUUUAUGGCAAUUCUAUAAUAACUAUGGUACGAAAUGAGAAAGGGUAUGGUGUUACAAUGGGAUUUCUCUUUCAUUUUA